UCUUUUCUUUGAUUUGUGGCUAUGGCGGCGAGCGACCAGGUUAGAGCAAACUGUGGGCACUCGCGGGAUCGCCAUUGCGUUAAUUUUGAUCUCCUCCCUAUAGGCUAGAGCGUAAUUGUUGGUAGCUAGAGAAGAAUCACAAUCGCCCACGGCCCAGAAUCCAUGGUAGAGGUGGUCUACGUCCACAAUGCUCAAGCGCUGUCACCGACGGGAUCUGAUAACAAGCGGCGUGCCAUGAAUUCGCCCUCGUCCUCCAGCUCCAUGAUCCUCCCGAGCCAGCAGCAGAAUGGCCAGCAAUUGCAACCGGACGCCGCCCUCUCCAGCGCUGCUCCUCCCCCAUUCCUCACCAAAACGUAUGAUAUGAUCGACGAUCCGGACUCGGAUGCCAUCGUCUCGUGGACGGGCAAAGGCAACAGCUUCGUGGUGUGGAACCCGCUGGAUUUCUCGCGGGAUUUGCUGCCCAAGUACUUCAAGCACAACAACUUCUCCAGCUUCGUCCGGCAGCUCAACACCUAUGGAUUUCGCAAGGUGGAUCCCGACCGCUGCGAGUUCGCCAACGAAGGAUUUCGUCGAGGUGAGAGGCAUCUCCUCAAGAACAUCCACAGGAAGAAGCCGACGAGCCAAGGCCACUCGCAACACCAGCCGGGGCAAUCCACCGAGGUUGGAAAGCUGGGACUGGAAGGCGAAGUUGACAGGCUCAACCGCGACAAGAAUGUGCUCAUGCUGGAGCUAGUCCGAUUGAGGCAGCAGCAGCAGCAAACCGAGCGGGACCUCCAGGUGAUGGGACAAAGGCUCCACGGAACCGAGCAAAGGCAGCAACACAUGAUCUCCUUCAUGGCCAAGGCGAUCCAAAACCCCGGAUUCCUUUCCAGCCUCGUCCACCAACACGCCAGCGUCGAAGGUGGCAGCGGCGGCGGCGCGUAUCUACCAGGCAAGCGAAGAAAGUUGGAGCUGUGCGAUCACGACCGGGACGACGUCGAGCUCGAUGGACAGCUCGUGCGCUACGAUCCGUCCAACGAAUCCACUCGCGCCCGGCUGGUCGAGUUCUUCAGCAAGCCCGACCUGGCGUCCAAGCUCGAGGUCGUCCCGCUCGAGGUCCUGGUCCGCGAGCUUCUUCCCGAGGACGAGGAGACGGAGAGGCAGACGCGAGCAACGCUGACGGAGAUGCAGGCAUUGCCAAUCUCUCUCGAGGAGCGGCUGUCCAUGGGAGCUACAGUGGUGACGGACGUGAGCGAUCGAUCUCCGAUCGACGUUCCAGCAACACCGCCGCUGGAUCUGUCCUUGGAAGCCAAGGAUCUUGACAAUGGCAUGGCCACUACGUCACUCGACGUCGAGGGUGGCGGGGGUGGUGGUGGUGGUGGUGGUGGUGGCGCCGAUCGGGAUCAUGCGACGAGCUCGCUAGCAACCAGCGGGAGCUCCGACAAUGUUGGAGGGACGAGCGCGUUCAAGCUGCUGGGAGAGGUGAAUGCCAGCGUCGACAGUGGUGCCGUGGGUGUUGGCAUGAACAAUGGCUUCUGGGAACAGUUUCUCGGCCCCGCCGCGAGCAGCGCUCCUCCCCGGCUCGAGACGAGGAGUAGCUCCGGGAUUCCGUGGUGGGCGACCGGCGCCAAGAUCCAUGACAAGCCCGACCAACACGACUUGUAAAAACGAAAGAUGUUCUUUAUUUGUUUCAAGGAGUGGGACUACUAGCACUGAGCGGCUCAUGGAUCUCGCAAGUUUGUCCCACAAUUCCUGGACAGGUACCCGUAGCUAUCGCGAAAACGCUAACAAAAUCUACUCUUGCUUGAUUCCUCAGGAGGAAGGCAUGGAUGCGAUCAUCAAUGAGAUCAUGGUGGUGUACAGUGAGAGAAAAGUAGAAGAUACCACCACAUUUUGUACUCGACUUGUAUAGACAUCUCUCGAUCAAUCGAUUGAGUUGAGUGAAAUCCUUGCAGCUAUAGAUCUCAUGGUGGUGUGACAAAAAAAAAAAAAAAAACGGAAUUAUCCCACACAGAGAUAAAACGCAA